UGCGCAGUCCUGCCCCAGCUUCAGGAGUUGGAGCAGCUUGGCCCAAGCCCUGUGCCCUUAUCAAGUGAGCUGGUCCCAACUCCUGCUCAUGCCUGUUGUCAUGGAAAUGACCCUGCUUCUCCUCUUCUUUGGGGGUUUCUGGGCCCAAGAGGUGAACCCUCAGUCUCUGGAGGUGUCUACACCCAUAAACGCUCCUUUUUCUUCGGUCCCACCUACUACCCUUGAGGUCACAAACCUUAACUCAGUGUCCUCCGAUUAUACAACAACAAGGAUCCCUGAGAAAAAUGACAGCACCGGGCACCAGAUCAUCCCACCUUCCUCGACUCCGACUCCUAUAGUCAAUGAGGUGUCUUCUCCUGAGACUCCCAUUUCUGUCAGUGAUGGCCUCUCUAUAGCUGAGCCAACAAUCUCCCAUGAAGCUUCCACCGAGAAGUCAUCAAUGUCGCAGGAAAUCUCUAAUGUAACCAGUAACCCUACUCCACCAGCAAUGAGUACUCUGGGAUUUCACAUCAUGUCUGGCGGAACCAUGGCAACUAGCAAUCUGGAGACCUCCAGUGGGACCAGUGGACCACCUGUCUCCACAGCAACUAGCUCUGAGGAAAGCUCUACUGGGACCAGUGGACCCCCUGUCACCAUGGCUACUAGCUCUCUGAAGACCUCCAAUGGGACCAGUGAACCCCUUGUCACCAUGGCAACUAGCUCUCAGGAAAGCUCUACUGGGACCAGUGGACCCCUUGUCACCAUGGCAACUAGCUCUCAGGAAAGCUCCAAAGGGACCAGUGGACCCCUUGUCACCAUGGCAACUAGCUCUCAGGACAGCUCCAAUGGGACCAGUGGACUCCCUGUCACAGUGGCAACUAGCUCUCUGGAGACUUCCAAGGGGACCAGUGGCUCCCCCAUCUCUGGGGUAAAAAUAGCCAUCAUGACUACCCCAAAGACCUCCACAAACACAGGCAGUGGACUCUCCUCAAAUUCAGAUCAGAGGACAAAAAACACCCUGCUGGUGGCUGUGCUCAUGGCUCUUCUGGUGGGCAUUGUCCUCCUGGCACUACUCAUGCUGUGGCGCCAGCGGCAGAAGCGGAGGACAGGCGCCCUGACACUAAACGGAGGUGGAAAGCGCAAUGGGGUGGUAGACGCCUGGGCUGGGCCCGCCCAAGUGUCUGAUGAGGGGGCUGUGAUAACUACAGCAGGAGUGUCUGGUGGUGACAAGGACUCUGGGAUCCCAGAGGGGGAGGGUCCUGGCCAUCGGCCCACACUCACCACUUUCUUUGGUAGACGGAAGUCUCGCCAGGCCUCCGUGGCACUGGAGGAGCUAAAGGCUGUGCCAGCCGCCAGCCUAAUGGAGGAGGAAGAGCCACUGGUGGGCAGUGAGAAUGGGGAUGUGGAGGCCCCUGCUUCUGAUGGACUGGAAGCGGGAGAUGUGGAGGUCCCUUAGUGCUUGUGAAUGCAAGACUGGAGGUGGGAAUCAUUUCUAGCUUUCGUCACCUUCCCUCCUAUCAUCACUUCCAACCUCAUCAUCACCUCGCAUUUUCACCCAACGUCCUCACUCUGAAUCCUCAUCCAGCUUCUUAACCCUGGAACUUGCAGCUUCUGCAACCAACACCCACACCAGCACUGCCACCCAGCCCCCGAACCCAGCCCCAAGGCCAGGGCCUGCAGCCCCUGAAGGCUUGAAGACGGAAUGAAUAAAACUUCCUCAUCAACCCCUACUUCUCUCCAUCAGCCCUUUUCUCCACACUUUUUGUCCUUGAAACCAGAUGCCGAGUCUCCAGAAGGCCAAAUUUCCUUGACCUAUGAUUGCUCAGAGGAUUCUUCCAGAACAUCAGAACCUGGGAGGAAGGAAAUGACAAGCUAGCAAACUCCCAUCUAGGAUUACUCUGGAAAGCGCCUUGGCCCCAUAGAUUAGGACAGUCACUGGGUCAUGCCGUGGAACUCCUUUAGCUCUAGGCCCCAGUGCUCUGUGCAGGGCCAGCCUGGAGUGGUGUCACCUAGCUGUGCUCUCAAGUGUGCUUCUGACAGCACAUGGACUCUAGGCUGGCUUUUAUCCCAAGCCUCCAAACUCUCCCCCAACUAUGGACUGAGGCAGCCAAAGCCUUCAGCUAUUACUCCUCCAGAGGACAGAGGUGAGGACAGUUUCUGGGCAGGUGUAGUUCUCAGAGCCCCAGGACCCUUGUGGGUGUGUACCCAUGGAUGUGGUUUGUGUGCAAGAGGCAAGGAGUUGGUGGCUUGUGAUGGGUAGAGGUGAGUACA